AUGGCAUUCUACAACUACUCUCAUGGUCAACAUCGCCACAAUGACGAAUUGACAAGCAAACUACAAGACGCUGCAGCCAUCACAGCUCGUCAAGUUAUUGAGAAUGAACGUCUUCGUAAACGGCGAUUUCCAAUCUACCCGGGUCUAGAGCGGUUCGAUAUCGUGGAUAAGCUUGGCGAUGGCGCGUUCUCAAUCGUAUAUAAAGCUCGAGACCUGUCUACUGGGAAACAUGUUGCCAUCAAGGUGGUACGCAAGCAUGCAAUCGACAAGCAUGGACAAACCCAUCAUUUGCAUUCAAGUUUGAAGGAAAAGAAGCCUCGUGCCACUGAGCGUGCGACUAUUAUGAAGGAGGUGCAAAUCAUGCAGCGAGGAAAGCACAAGAACUUGGUCCAACUGCUUCAGUUCUCCGAAUCAGACGACUAUUACUUUUUGGUCAUGGAGCUAUGCAAGGGCGGCGAGCUGUUUCACCAGAUUGUGAAGUUGACCUACUUUAGCGAAGAUGUCGCUCGUCAUGUCAUCACCCAAGUGGCUCAGGGCAUUCGAUAUUUGCAUGAAGAGUGUGGCAUUGUACAUCGUGAUAUCAAGCCUGAGAACAUCCUCUUUGAACCAAUUCCAAUCAUCCCGUCCAAGAAUCCCAAGAAUUUAUUCGAUGAAGACAAGAUGGAUGAAGGCGAGUUUCUACCAGGCGUUGGCGGUGGCGGCAUUGGUUUGGUCAAGUUGGCUGAUUUUGGAUUAAGCAAGGUGAUUUGGGAUAAUCCAACAUUGACGCCUUGUGGUACUGUGGGAUACACUGCUCCUGAGAUUGUGCGUGAUCAAAAGUAUACCAAAGGAGUGGACAUGUGGGCCCUUGGAUGUGUCUUGUAUACCAUGUUGUGCGGUUUUCCUCCAUUUUAUGACGAGUCGAUCAAUGCUCUCACUCAAAAGGUGGCUCGUGGUCAAUAUACCUUCUUGAGUCCAUGGUGGGAUCCUAUCUCUACAGCUGCCAAGGAUUUGAUCACCCAUUUGUUGUGCGUCAAUCCAGAAGAACGAUAUACGAUUGAUGAAUUCCUACGACAUCCAUGGAUCACCCAGCAGCAGCAACCUAUGCUACCUCCAGUGUCAUCGCCUAUUCCCACAGCCUCAAUACCCCCUGAGCUCGAUACCAAUAACAAAUCCCGACGAAGAAAGGAUGCAUUCUCACCGGGUGUCGCAUCAAUUAAGGAAAUCUUGGAUAUCACUUAUGCAGUCCAACGCAUUGGAGAAGAAAAAGCACGCAAAUUGGGAGGUGUUUUGGAAGAGGAAGAUGAAGAAGAAGGAUACACUGGAAUUGGACAAAGUGCAAAGAAACCAGCUCAACAAGGUUUUCAAUUGGAUCUCGGCAAAGCUACCAUCCUCAAGAACCGUAAAAAGCCUAUUCCAAUAGCAUAG